AAGAAAAUUCUUCUUGAGGUUGAGUUGUGAAACUACAAAACAAAAAUUUUCAAGAGGAAAUCGCAGACACUGAUACUAAUCUGGUGUGAUAUUAACAUUUUGGACUGAUCCGGCCACCACUAACAUACAAUAGUUUUUUGGCCUAAGAAGUGGAAUUUCCUUGGACAUCACAAUGUUUACUUACUGUACAGUAGGUCAUAAUUCAGAUGUAACUGGGUAAAACAUAAAUCUCAGUGCUCAGUGUCGCCAUCAACAGUUUGUGAGGUUCUAAUUUGUGUUCGUAAAUGACUCCCUUUCUAAUAUGGCGACGACGUUGACGUAGUCACACAUCCCGGUUGCGCGAAAUACGCAUGCCUGAACUGAACAAACGUUUUUUUGUGUGUGUGUAUGUGAAAGAGACAAAUUUAAGUCCUGCAAGUGUCUAAUGAUUAAGUUUUUAUUGGGUUUUUACGUCACUCUGAGAUGUUUUAUGAUCUGAACGAUUUAUCUGCAAAGACGGGAAUAACCAGGCAGUUCAGUCUGUCUGGAAUCUGCAAGGCAGAGGAUUAACGGUGUUUUGCAGAUCUAUAGGCAUACUCGGUUGUGUUUUCAGCCGGCAUGUUCAGCGUGCUUCCCAGAGCAGCUGGCUCUGCCAUGAGGCAGUUCCAGCUGCCGUUUGCCCGCUCAGAACCCCGCACGUCGCUGCUGCAGGUCCGCUUUGCAGCUUCUGCGACCCUCCGCUUGCUGGAAGACUGCCUCGAGGUCAGCUACGAGGGGACGCCGAUGCGUUUCAACUACGUGUGGCUGCGGGACCACUGCCGCUCAGCGUCCUCUUACAACUCCGCGACCCACCAGAGGAGCCUGGACACCGGGAGCAUAGAGCUCACCCUGCGCCCUGAGAGCUCCGCGGUGGAAGACGGUCAGCUCGUCCUCACAUGGCCUGGUGGCCACGUGUCAAAGUUCAGCCUCGGUUGGUUGGCCGAGAACAGCCAUGAAGGAAGGAAGACGGUCAUGGAGCAGCCGCGCAUCUUGUGGAACGCUAACGUCUACCAAAACGCUCGCAUAUCAGCAGCCAAAUGGGACAAGUUCAUGAGCUCCGACAGCGAGCUGAAGAAGUUCCUUCAGAACUACCUUCUCUAUGGAAUUGCCUUUGUGGACGACGUUCCGGCGACGGUGGAAGCCACUGAGGAAGUCACCAGGAGAGUCAGUCUGAUCAGAGAGACUACUUAUGGGAGAAUGUGGAGUUUUACAUCCGAUUUUUCCAGAGGCGACACUGCCUACAGUCAGCUGGCCCUUGACCGUCACACUGACACGUCUUACUUUCAGGAGCCAUGUGGAAUCCAGGUGUUUCAUUGUCUCCGACAUGAGGGUACUGGAGGGAAGACGCUGCUGGUGGAUGGCUUCUACGCUGCGGAGAAGCUCCGCCAGCGCUCCCCCGAGAACUUCGAGCUGCUGUGCCGCGUCCCCAUCAGGCACGAGUACAUUGAAAACACAGAAAAUCACAGAAACCACAUGACCGGCAUUGGCCCCGUGCUCAACAUCUACCCUUGGAACAAUGAACUCUACAUGAUCCGAUAUAACAACUACGACCGGUCGGUGAUGAACACGAUGCCCCACGACACCAUCCAACGAUGGUACGUAGCACAUCGAGAGCUCACCACAGAGCUACGGUGGCCGGAGAACGAGCUGUGGGUGAAACUCACUCCAGGCAAAGUGAUUUUUAUUGACAACUGGAGGGUCUUGCAUGGGAGGGAAUCUUUCACCGGCUUGAGGCAGCUUUGUGGAUGUUAUCUGACCCGAGACGACGUCCUCAGUGCUGCACGCUGCUUUGGACUACAAGCCUAAACAUACAGAUUCUGUCAUUUCAGUGCCUUAAUUGUCUGACGUUGGACUCGGAGUCCCUUCAGUCCAGGAAGAUGUUCUGCUUUACUCAUAUAUAUUUUGUAAUAUUGCUUGUUUUUAAAGGUUUUUUUUUCUUUUAGAAUUGAGCAGAGCCGUGUGAGAAGCUCAAGGUUUGGGAUAUUGUCUUAGAACCUAAUCCUUAAGAUUCUCCGUUACCUGACUUGUGCUGUUCUAACUAACCUCUGAGGCCUUCACAAAACUUACAGAUUCACACUGAGAUUAAAUAAUAAAAAAACACACAGAUUGACUUUAGGUGUCCUCUGAAGGCUGAAGUGACUGUGCUGAAUUCUGUGUAUCAGUCAAUAUGAACAUUCUUCAUAUUUUUCCUAUUUCUGAAAGAACUUUAUUAAAUAAAAAAAGAACAAAUAAAAUGUAUUGUAGUAAUAUCAUAAAAUGUGGAGAAGUUGAAAGGAUAUAAAUAUUUUGUUCUUGAUUGAGCAGUAGUGAUUGACCACUACAGUGAACACAGUGAAUUUUUCGGCUUUCAGCCUCGGAUGGAUUAUAAAAUCCUCAGCUGCCUCUUCUUACCCAACGGUUUUAUAGGUUACAGUUUUACGAAUGUUGCAACCGACCAUUCGUUUACAGCGAAAGUGAAUGAAUGGCUCAACAAAGGCUGCUUUUCAGGUAACGUGAGGCUUUUAUUAAAGCUAAAGGUGUGUCGAAAAAUAGCUACUUCUUAAAAGCAUCCAGCAGUUACUUUAUAGGUCUCUGUUAAGGGAAACACAUUGCUCAUUUAUUUGCUGCCUUUACUCUUGCCAAAUCAGUAAUAAUUUAAUGUUCACUUGCUUUGACAUUGGCACAGGGCAGGAGACCUGUUAUUCAUUAAAUGUGCUGCUAAGCCAAAGAAGAAGUUAUUAAAAUAUAGUAGUUCGUUUCCUGGUGUAAAAUAAAUGUAUGCCUUUACGUAUGCAGAUUCGUACAUGGAUUCUAAUUAAACCAGACACUUUUCUGUCA